UAAGGAGAGAGAAGAGCAACAACAGAAAAGCGUCUGCGGUCGUGCUGCAUGACAUGCAUCAUAAACAGGAUGUUGGAGAAUAUGACUUCACGCCUUGGUUAUUUUUAAACCUCCAGGAAGAAAUCAGUUCCACAGAACAGUGUGUGUCGUGGCUUUUUCUCGGAGCUGGCGCGUAAAAGUCCGUCGCCUUAAAUCGUCUCGCUUUCCUUCCCCUCCGUAAGGACCCGUGACGAACGAUUGAACGCGGAGGAGAAUGUGAAGCACGAUGGCCGACUUCCAGACCUACCGGGAGUACCAGAGACUGGAGGAUUACGAGGAGGACUCGCCUCCGGGAGAGGAGGACCUGCUCAUUCACGUACCGGAGGGACUCAAAGAUUCCUGGCAUCACAUCAAGAACCUGGACAAUUUCUUCACGAGAAUCUAUCAUUUCCAUCAGAGGAACGGGUUCGCCUGUAUGAUGCUCGCCGAGUUCUUCGAGCUCGUGCAGUUCCUGUUUGUGGUGACGUUCACGACCUUCCUGUUCAACUGCGUGGAGUACGACGUGCUGUUCGCCGACCGGGCCGUGAACCACACCGGGCCGGGCGUGAACCCGCUGGACAGGACCAAGGUGACGCUUCCGGAUGCCGUCCUGCCGCCUGAGCAGUGCGCCGAGAGGAUUCGAGACAACAGCUGGAUCAUCUUUCUCCUCGUCAUGGCGGCCAUCUUUUGGGUCUACCGGCUCGGGAAGGUGAUCUGCAACCUGCUGGGUUACUGGGAGAUCCGGCAGUUUUAUAGAAAAGCCCUGAAGAUCAGCAUGGAUGAGCUGCGUGACUUCAGCUGGCAGGAAGUGCAGGCGCGCCUGAUCAGGCUGCAGCGCGAGCAGCAGAUGUGCGUGCACAAGAAAGAGCUGACCGAGCUGGACAUCUACCACCGCAUCCUACGCUUCAAGAACUACACGGUCGCCAUGAUCAACAAGUCGCUGCUGCCCGUGCACCUGCGCGUGCCCUUCCUCGGCGACGCGGUCUUCCUGACCCAGGGCCUCAAGUACAACUUUGAGCUGAUCCUGUUCUGGGGGCCGGGCUCGCCGUUUCAGAACAAAUGGAGCCUGCAUCCGAAGUACAAGCGAGCGAGCGAGCGCCUGGAGCUGGCGCGGCAGCUGAGCCGCACCAUCCUGCUCGCGGGCGUGGCCAACCUGCUGCUGUGCCCGCUCGUGCUGGUGUGGCAGACGCUGUACGCCUUCUUCAGCUACGCCGAGGCCAUCAAGCGCGAGCCGGGCAGUCUGGGGACGCGCCGCUGGUCGCUCUACGGACGUCUCUACCUGCGCCAUUUCAACGAGCUGGACCACGAGCUGCGCGAGCGCCUCGGCCGCGCCUACCGCCCCGCCGCCAAAUACAUGAACGCCUUCAACUCGCCGCUGCUCGCCGUGCUGGCCCGGAGCGCCGCCUUCUUCGCCGGCUCGCUCUUGGCCGUCCUUGUCGCGCUGACUGUCUACGACGAAGACGUCCUCGCCGUGCAGCACGUCCUCACUGCGGGGACCGCUCUCGGAGUCAUCAUCACCAUCGCCAGGUCCUUCAUCCCAGACGAGCAUACGGUGUGGUGCCCCGAGCAGCUGCUACAGUGUGUGUUAGCACACAUCCACUACAUGCCCGAUCACUGGAAGGGCAACGCUAACAAGAGCGAGACGCGCGAUGAGCUGUCGCAGCUUUUCCAGUACAAAGCAGUCUUUAUUCUGGAGGAGCUGCUCAGUCCCAUCGUGACACCUUUCAUCCUCAUCUUCGUGCUCCGGAGCAAGUCUCUGGAGAUCAUCGACUUCCUGCGCAACUUUACCGUGGAGGUGAUUGGCGUCGGCGACAUCUGCUCCUUUGCGCAGAUGGACGUCCGCCGACACGGCAACCCGCAGUGGAUGUCCGAGGGUCAGACGGAGGCGUCGGUGUACCAGCAGGCGGAAAACGGCAAGACGGAGCUGUCGCUUGUUCACUUCACCCUGAAGAACCCUCGCUGGCAGCCGCCGCAGGACAGCUCGCUGUUCAUCAGCCAUAUGCGCGAGAAGGUGCAGCAGGACGCCGCGCAGGCCGGCCCGAACCCUCAGCUCCUGCUCUCCGAGGCGCCGCUCUGCACCUCACUGCUCUCCAAUGACUCCGCCACCGCUCCCGACACCCUUCUGGCGAGCGUUCUGGCUCAUCCGGUCCUCACGGCGUCCGGGUUGCCGGGCUGGAACCGUCGUUUUGUUCCCCCGAGCAGCACAGCCUCGAUCGCCGCUAGCGUCCUCGCCUCGCUGUCUUCCUCCCAACAGCCUCACGCCGGCCGCUCACGCUCUCAUGUCCUCCAGCCGUCCGUUCAUCAACACCACCGAAACCAAGGACCGAUGUACCACAGCAGUGCCGGUGACAGCAUGUGUGCCAGCGAGUCGAGGAUGCACAGCCAGUCCAGUUCAGCCCUCCUCUCGGAGUUCGCCACGGCCGAGAUGAGCCUCCACGCCAUCUACAUGCACGAGGUGCAUCAGCAGAAGUUCCAGGGUCAGCAUGGACCUGCUCAAUUACAUCCUCACGUGUCCUUAAGUGCCGUGCCCUCGCCUCAGAUGCACCCAGGCGGUCUGAUGGUGUCCUCCCCUCUCCGGUUGGGAGGCUGGGUGGAGGAAGAGGAGGAGGAAGAGGAGAUCGACAGCAGCUCUGGUCCACAGCAUUUGAGUCACACGAGCGGGGCGAGCAGCUGAAGUGCCUUAACGACCUGAGGUCUUUGCAUUCGUUUUCUGGAAGGACGCCGUGGCCUUAGUUUCAGUCGGAAGCUUCUCGAUCAAACGAGUCGGAUCACGGAGUCUUCGCUUCAGCGGUCUUCCGGUCUCGAGGAGCCGUGGUUCCUGGUAUUCUGGACUGACAGAUCAUACCGACUACCUUCUCCUCUCGCUUAGAUGUUUCACUAGGAGACAUUUUUUUCAAGAUUUAUUUUAAUUUGCUGAUGUGUGUGUGUGUGUGUGUGUGUGUGUUCAUUCUCAAGGUCAAGUGUUUUCAGCUGUAGGUUGGUUUCAAGAACAUCGCACAUGAGUUAUAGAAAAGGUUUGUUAGCGCGUGUUUUUUGCUUUUCUUUGAAGAUCAUGGCGUUUCGUCGGCGUAUUAUUUUGCACGUGGCGCCCAAACGACGGAGACGUCCGGACGUUUUCUACGGAAGAUUUACGAAUCGUUAGAGAGCACUGAACUAUCCUGAAUACUUUUUUUUUUACGCAGGUGCUGAAACGUACACAUGGUCCAUGUCCACUUUCAGAGCGACGCUAAAGCUAUAAUCGGGGCAAAUCAUUUCAAUAAGGAAUAACACACUCACUGGUGUGCUGUCGUCAGGAAAGUAAUCAAAGACGGGGAGUUUUAUACAUUUCAGGCACGUCCUGAAGUGUUUGUUUUUCACCUCACGCUACAGCGCGUAUAAUUUUAUUUAUCAGUAAAUGACACGGUGUCCGUUUAUAGUUGCGUUUAAAAGAUCGUCGCUCUUCUCACUUUAUAACGGCGAGCAGUAGUUUCCUCACCCGCCUCUCUCUCUCUCUCUCUCUCUUUCUCUCUCUCGCAGCGAGUCGUUACCAAGAAACCGUCAAGACCGACGUCCUGGAGUUCUGAAAACGGAGACUCCUUCCAAAAUAACACCUCAUUUAUUUCUUUUCAAAAUGGGAUUAUGUCGAGAAUCUACCAUGCACGUCUCGCACGCCUGAAAAUCCCCUUAUGUAAAACGAAUCAACGCCACCUGACCAAUCAGAAUGGAGAAUUCAACAGCGUUUAUAUUUAAUACUAAUUCAGUGAGACGUUAAGUACGUUUAAGUAUUUUAUUUUGGUUUUACAUUAUUAUAAAACUUUUAAAUGGUGCCGAUAUGACAGGAUGAGGAAAUGAUGUACGUUUUUUUUUUCUUCCUUUUUCUCUCUCUCUCAAUAUUAACGCCUAAUUAGCUAAGUGAUGAAUUAGCUAGCUUUUAAUCAAGCCUUAGACAAGCACGAUUCAUUUUCUUACCGCGCGCUCGGAUAAAUAAUGUAUCGCGGAGAGGCCAUUACGAAGACCGGAUCCUCUCUCGUCGCCGAUAUGUGAAAAGUUUCCCGAGCCACAUUUAUUUCGACCUGAAAAAUAGUAUUGCUGUUAAGAACGAAGGGGAAAAAAACAGCGCAUUUGCCUGUGAAAUGUUGUUGUUUUUUUUGUGUUUUUUUUCUUUUCAGUUCACAUCAGGGCAAAUGCAUUAAUAUUCAACACAGCCUGAAAUACCUCUGCACAUUCACGCUAGGUAAUGUACAGUAUUUAUUUUGGUGCGUAUAUUGUGUUACUACAGGGGUGAGAUCGGCGCGGGCGAGGUGAGUCAGCUGAUCCGACACGCGUACGCUCGCGGCGUGACUGAACGCGUUUGCGAAAAAGAAUCGAUUGGUGAUUUUACGUGUUGUUAUCGUCAUGACCACUAUAAGCAGUCUUAAGUUAUGACUGUGCAAGGUGCUAUAUGUUUUGGUUGCUUUUUCAUAUUUAUCUGUUUGUUUUUUUUUUCUUUUUGACUGAUCAGAACAACACUAUUUAAAAAUAAACCCAGUGUAAAAUGG